GCAACGCCAAAUGUUCACGUAUUUCCGGCCAGCUCAGCGUACGGAGGAGUGUUGUGAAGCUGCAAUCCACACACAGACAUUUGUACAGCUGUUAACCGCUUCACAAACACCUGCUGUGGGGAAAUCUGACAUUACAGCGAAAUGGUGCUGCUGACAAUAAUCUCUCGGCUGGCGGACGGACUGCCGCUGGCGGCUUCAAUGCAGGAGGACGAGCAGAUGGGUCGAGAUCUCCAGCAAUAUCAGAGCCAAGCCAAACAGCUCUUCCGCAAAUUAAAUGAACAGAGUCCAAACCGAUGCACCUUAGAGGCUGGAUCAAUGGCCUUUCACUAUGUCAUUGAGAAAGGUGUUUGCUAUCUGGUGCUCUGUGAGGCCGGGUUUCCUAAAAAGCUAGCCUUUGCUUAUCUCGAAGAUCUGCAGGCAGAGUUUCAUGAACAGCAUGGCAAGAAGGUGCCCACCGUCUCCAGGCCCUACUCCUUCAUAGAGUUUGAUACAUAUAUUCAGAAGACCAAAAAGUCAUACAUCGACAGCAGAGCACGUAGGAACAUGAGCAACAUCAACACAGAGUUACAGGAUGUACAGAGAAUCAUGGUGGCCAACAUAGAAGAAGUUCUGCAAAGGGGGGAGGCCUUAUCUGCGUUGGACUCGAAGGCCAGUAACUUGUCCAGCCUGUCCAAGAAAUACAGAAGUGACGCUAAGUACCUGAACACUCGCUCCACAUAUGCUAAGCUAGCUGCGGGUGGAGUCUUCUUCAUCAUGCUGAUUGUGUACGUACGCUUCUGGUGGCUGUGAGGUGUGGGAUAUAUGGAGGGAAGAGGAGCUCUUGAGGAAGUUACAGGUGAAAAGCAGAUGGACUCCCAAAUGAUGAAAAGGUCAACAUUUGUGUUUUAAAGCCACAGCUUGUUCUUAAAGACUGUUGGAUCCAGCAAAUUCCCUCCUGAUAAGCUGUCGAGUCCCUAACCUGAUCAUCACAGGUAUCUGUUUUAUGAACUACACAGAAGUUUGUCUGCACUUGUUUGAAGUGUGAAUGAAAGAGAGAAGGAAAGUGGGUUUCCCUGUAUACUGUAUGUCUUCGUGAAAUCCCUCAGUUCAUGGAAAUUAAUCUUAUAUGCUGUAAAACAGUAAACCAUAGAGCAGCAGUGCAUCCCAAAAAAGGUGAAUUGAUAAUUCAUUAA